AUGGGCAUCAAUGCUAACACCGGACGUGCCUCUGCUCCAUUAUUCCUAGCGGAGUGGGCGUUUAGUAUACUUCCUAACGCAACGGUGACGAUUGCUCAGACACCUCCCUUCAUUAUCACCAACAUUGUCCCGGGAGACUUUAACCACGACGGCAAGCUGGAUGUUUUGGUCAUGGGUCAGGCGGACCCAGUACGGAACCCCCAAGGCGAGCUCAUGAUGCGGGUGUACCUCGGAAACAUUGACAGCGGAUGGAACGAAAAUUUCAUUACCGUGCCAUCAUCGACAGCCCAACAACCGAUCACUUUUGACUACAACGGAGAUAUGCUCACGGAUCUUCUUGGAUACCAGUUUGAAGGAUACCAGGCAGGAGUCAGUCCAUUGUCGGUAUGGAGAAACAUUUACUCCCCUGCCAACCCCGAUGGACCCAUUUUUGAAGUUGUGCCUAUGAACUUUACGGGAGAAGCUGGACCAGCCUGCACUCUUUCGGACCCUCAUUCAAGCGCGUUUGUCGAUCUCAACGGAGACUGUCUUGCGGACCUCUUCCUGACUUGCUACGAUGCUGGAACGCAACAAUACAGCUAUGUGGUCUACGUGAACAACAAAGAUGAAGGAUUCAGUUUUGGAGUGAGUGGGCUUUUGCCAGAAGGCUCUGGACAGGUCACGUUCGCGGAUAUCGAUGGCGACGGAGCGGUUGAUAUGGUCGUCCCUGGGUGUGAUACCCAUGGCCAGUGCUCGAUCUAUGUCUACUACAACCAGCAGAUCCCUCUUUGCACGUCCAAGGAUCAGAAGGAUUGUCGACAGGUGACCAACCUGUGCGUCGUAGAUCCAGGAUUCUCGUUCAGCGUCGACCCAGACCACAACACUGUCCCAGGGGGCCUUGUACGGUUCCCGUUAGCGAAUGUAUUCCCGGAAGGACAGCGCUUGUUGCUGAUCGACCCCGGUUUCAAGGGCAAACUGCCUGUGUCGGUUCAUGUCGGCGAUUACAACUUGGAUGGAUACCCGGAUCUGCUGGUCGUUAGCAGCACACCCGGCGACAACAGCAAGCCGUCAAGCGCAACCCUCUUCCAGUCUGUCCUUUGCGCAGAUGAGACCUGUGUGCCCUCUGCAGUGACCAAGAAGAGACGCAGCUUUGUCAAAGUGACUGAUGGUGCCGAGGCUCUGAACCUUGCACAGGAUGUCCGCGCAGCGGCCUUCUUGGACCUCGACGAGGAUGGCACGGUGGAUAUAAUGCUGCUCAGGAACACGAAUGGUCAACAGGCUGCAGGAAGGGCGAUCACCAUGAUCCACAACAACUACUUCAACGACGCCUUCUUCCUCAAGACCCUUGCCUCGAACGGUGUUAGCCCCACAUGGAGUGGACCUCACGAUACUAAACCUGCCAAGGCCGGCGCCAAGCCAUUUGGAGUCAACUAUCCGGGAGCGACUUUCAAGUUUACUGUUCUGGACACCUCGGGCAAGAAGCGCGCCAACCAGGUUGCUCAGUACCCUUCAUCGUCUUACAUGGGUCUGUCCUUGCCAUACUCGUUGUUUGGAUUGGGACGGACGAAUAACUAUGUUGAGGAGUUGUUUGUGGGCGUGACGAGGAACCAGCCUGAGCACUAUACGACGUAUUCCGGAGUGAUCCCCAACUCGCAGUUGAUCAUCAUUCCUUACCAGUCAGAGGAUGAGUCUCGACCUCCUGUUGGAGGACUGAAUGCCACUCCAGGAGCUGAGGUUGAUCCUGAUGCCGUGGCGGCAGCAGCAGCGGCAGCGGCAGCAUGGGCUGAGAAAAAGGGUGGACCAAGCGAGUGGACUUUGGAGCUGUAUGUUCGUCCAGGAGACUAUGUCCCAUGGGUGUUUGUUACGCUCGUUACGGCGACUGCUAUCCUGGCCGGUGUGGUCGUUUCACUCAACUGGAUGGAGAAGCGUGAGGAUGAGAGGGAGAGGAAAAAGGCGCUUCAUAUCAUCAACUUUGACGCCCUGUAA